UCUCGCAUUCACAACAAAGAACACAUGUUAUUCGCCAAUGGAAAGGGGGAGGGUGGAGGGUUACCCAACCAAAAAUAUCCCAUGUUUCUUCGACAUAAACAAAAAACCUUGAAUAAAGCUAUUUGAAUUGUUGUUGUUGUUUCUCCAAUUCUCUUCCAUUAGAAUCUCAUUUGCCGCUUGGCUUGGGGGAAAGUUGUUUGUUUGUCUGUGAAACUUGGAGUUCAAAUUGAGAGAUCGUUAACCUCUUGCCGCCGGGUCAGUUGGUGCUAAAUUAUUUCACCAUCAAAUUUCAGUUCUGUAAAACGAAGAAGUAUCCAAACAUCAAUCAGUCAGCCAGCCAGCUUAUGUAAAUCUACGUGAUAUUUCAUAAUAUUGAUGGGAAUUUGAUGAUGAAGCUAUUUUAUUGCAAAUAAUCUCCUCCGUUAGUGGUGUGUGCAGAGUAUCCUAACUAAAAUAAGACUGAUCAACAAUCGAUGAUAGUACGUUUAAGAAUCCAUAUUGCAUUGUUAAAAUCUUAAUCUUAUCGCUCUGCUAAAACACUUGCCACUAACUGCCUCACAAUUCUGCCCAUUUGGUUCUCAAUUUUCUCAUGAAUCCUAAAGAUAAACUCGAUGAGGGCGACAACGACGACGACUCCAAUAAAGAGCAGGCAUCAACAACAGUUUAUAAUUUAAACAGCUCACGCAGCACAACAGCGGACAAUGGUAAUGAAUAUCAUCGAACAAGUAACCAAACAGUCUACUCCAUACCGUUGGCGUCUUCAAGUGACGAUUCAUCAGUUGUCUCAAAUUUCACACCACAUCAGCCGUAUCAAGAGAGGCCAUUGGAACCAUCGGAGGAGAGUUCACUGUUGCAGCGACGAGAUAAGCCCAGAGCUAGUACAAAGAUGAAAAUAAUAUUGGGCCUAGGCAAAUUCUUCGAAAAUCGAAGUGUCAUUGUCGAUAUAUUGGCCAUAUUCUUCGGAAUUGGAACCUGGAUUGGCAUAAAUGGUACAUUUAUACAACUGCCGUUGUUGGUGGAGGUGGCACCGGAGGGUUGGAGUUUACCUUCCUAUUUAAGUGUCAUGGUACAAAUUGGUAAUCUCGGCCCUCUAACCUAUACGCUAAUACAAAAGUUUUGCAAACGAAAUGAUGCUCCCAUGAUUUAUAUCCUAUUGGCCACCGGCACUUUAUCGGCAAUUUUAACGGCAUUUUUCUAUGACAAAACUGCAGUGGUGUUUGGCGGACAACACAGUGUGGCUUUGUUUGCAUUGACGAUAUUCACAGCCUUUACAGCGUGUACCAGUUCAGUGUUAUUUAUGCCCUAUAUGGGAAGAUUUCGGGAAAUCUAUUUAAUCACCUAUUUUGUGGGAGAAGGCCUUAGUGGUCUGUUGCCCAGUGUGGUGGCUUUGAUACAGGGUAUUGGUGGUUCGGCGGAAUGUAGGCUAGUCAACACAACUGAGACUGGAGAGCCAGUUUAUGAAAAAUAUGUUCCCCCUCCACGUUUUGGUACGGAAGAUUUCUUUAUCUUUGUCUUCGUCAUGAUGUUGCUGAGUUGUGCCGGAUUUACAUUGCUUGAUCGUUUGAAAUUGUCGCGAACACAAUAUGCUGCGGUAAAAGUGGGUCAAGGUAAUGAUUAUGUCUACUCAAGAGACACGAAAACAUCGCCCACAACACUCGAAGCCAAUGGCAAUAAAUCUACAGUCAGCGAGAUGGAUGAUAACCAAAAUAAAAUUGUUGAUGAAAUGGCACCUGAAAUAUCAUCACGGGUCUAUGUGUUCCUGCUACUGCUAAUCGGCACUGUAAGCUUCUUUGCCAAUGGUGUAUUUAACAGCAUACAAUCAUAUUCCUGUUUGCCGUAUGGUGGUCAAGCCUAUCAUCUGUCGGCUACUCUAAGUGUGAUAGCAAAUCCAUUGGCCUGUUUCCUGGCCAUAUUCUUGCCACAUACCUCCCUGCGUAGUAUUUUAAGCCUCACUGGUGUGGCCAGUUUGCUAGCGGCCUAUGUAUUUGUCACAGCAGCCAUGAGUCCAUAUCCACCAUUGCAUGGUACCACAGCUGGAUCAGUUUUAGUGAUCAUAACGUGGACAUUGCUAAUAGGAUUGGUCAGUUACAUCAAAUUGAGUAUAACAACUGUUAUGCGUGCCCAGGGUGGUAAAUCCCUGGUCUGGACUGGAGCUUUAACGCAGCUGGGUUCUCUCAUUGGUUCCAUACUUAUAUUUAUUAUAGUCAAUUAUACAAAUAGUUUUACAGCAGCCUAUGAAGAGUGUUAGAAAGACAAUAUAAUAUUUUGUAAGGUUAACUAAAUAUUAUUAUCAUUAUUUUUAUACGUACUUAGAUUCUGGCUAGUGUUUACAACAAUCAUAUGAUAUUAAAAGAAAAUUGGAAUAAUUCAAAAUGUAAAACUCUGGUUUAACAGAAGCCAUAAACAGAACACUAUCAUGAAAGUUUAAUUUUUUUAUGAAGAGGGGAGAGGAAUAAGCUCCCAUAAAAAAUUAGUUUCUUUUAUAGAAAAGUCAUCUCUGUGUAUCUUCAGAGUUAAGUGUGAUAUGUGGAACAAAUUGUAUACAGCGUUUUAUUUUCAAAAUCAGCAGCAUGCAUCAGUAUUUACACUGAGCUAUAAAUUAUUUUAUUUUUUUUGUUACAUUGUUAUUUAAAAAUUGUAGUAUUAUUUAAUUGGCGUUAUUUGGAAAGAAUAAUUAUGUGUU